AUGGCCCCGGCCCUGCGCCAGGUCUACGACCAGAUGCCCGAGCCCCGCUGCUACGCCGUCGUCCGCGGCUGCGACCGCAUCGUCCCUGUCGACGUCUACGUCCCCGGCUGCCCCCCGACCUCCGAGGCCCUCAUGUACGGCAUCUUCCAGCUCCAGCGCAAGAUGCGUAAUACCAAGAUCACGAGGAUGUGGCACAGGAAGUAG